UGUGUCUCUACGACUUCGGACUUGACUGCUCACUUUUCCUUUCUUUCUUUCCGGUCACUGUAUAGACAGGGUGUUAGACAUGGCGCGCACAGACUCUGUAGACAGCAACAUUCCCACGACAUAUACCCUAAUCUAUUCGUUCCUCAGAAGACGAACACAUAUGAAGGCAGCUGAAGCCGUAAGGAAAGCUGCUAAGGAUGUCGUAAAACUUAAGGACGCCGAGGAUGAGGAUAGUGUCACGCUAGAACGCGUCGUACGCGAAUGGAAACUCAUGACCAGUGCAGGCUCAUUAGCCAAGGUUGGAGACAGCUCAAACAAAACCAAAACGAAGGCGAAGAAGUGCAAAGAGCCCAGCUCCAAUCCGAAAUCUGACUCCAAGGACUCCGAUUCUUCCUCUUCAAGCUCAACAUCGGACUCAGACGAUUCUUCCUCGUCUGAUAGUGCAUCGAAAAAGAAGGCAAAGGCAAAGAAAGCUUCGCCUGGUCGCUCAAGUAAAACAUUAUCCGGCUCUUCCGAUUCUUCUAGUGAAGAGUCGUCCAGUGAUGCCUCUAAGGCGAAGAAGAAGGCGGCGAAGGCGGCGAAGGCGGCGAAGAAAAGCGGCACCAGCAGCUCCUCCGACUCCUCCGAGUCGUCAGAUGCUUCAUCAUCUUCGGAUGCCAAGGCCAAUGUGAAGAAAGAGGUAAAGGCGAUUGAGAGCAAGACGAAGGUGGAUGAGAAGAAGGACGCGUCGUCGAGUUCCAGCUCUUCUUCCUCAUCUUCGGACGAUUCGGAUCCAGAUUCGGACAGCUCAGAUUCAGACGCAAAGAAGACAGAUGCAAAGAAGACAGAUGCAAAGAAGAAAGACGCAAAAUCAAAAAUCAAGGCCAAAGCUGAAAGCAGCUCCGGUUCUGGUUCAAGUGACAGUGACAGCGAUGAAGAGAGCAGUAGCGAGUCCGAUAGUAGUGGAGAGGAAAUCUCGAGUACAGACGAGAAGAUAAAGGCUAAGGUGGCGGCCGCAAAGGAGAAGAAGGAGAAGGAGAAGGGAGGCAGUAGCGGCGAGAGCAGCAGCGACUACAGCGACUCGGAUAGUGACUCUAGCGAUUCAGAUAACGGGGGCUCAAAGAAAGACGAAGAAGAGAAGACUUUUGCCCCUGUUGCUGCUCCUGACACCAGCGCUGCUGUACCUGCAGGUCAGAAACGCAAGUCGGGCGACGCUAAUAAUUCGGAUUCAGAUUCCUCACCAGAGUCAAACUCUGAUUCCGAUUCCGAUGAUGACUCUUCGUCUUCGUCUUCAGCGGAUUCCGACGAAGUAAAGGUCGUCAAGAAACGUCGAAUGGAGAACGGGGAUGCUGUCCCAUCUGCUACCGCGAAGGAAAAUCGACAUGACGAGGACGAUGGCUCGGGCGGCGUCAAGUCUUCAUCUCAGAGCAAUUCGAACGGAAAUGCAGAGACGAAUGGCAACGGAAAGGAGAAGAAGAAGGCCCCGAGGAAGAGCAACACUCCAUUCCAGAGGGUCAAAGCGGACACCAUCACGUUCGACCACGAGCGGUUGAAGGAUAUGAGGUUUGAAUCUAGGGGUGCGGCUGAGACUGAUUACGGGGCCAGGGCCAACAAAGACUUGAUUGUCACGCGCGGUGCAGGAUUUAGGAAGGAGAAGAAUAAGAAGAAGAGGGGAAGCUAUCGGGGAGGAGAUAUUACAAUGGCGAGCCAUAGUUUUAAAUUUACUGACUAGAUGCGCUAGCAUUUACAUUCUCUUCCUACCGUACCACAUACCAAUGCAUCUUAAUUUCAUUCGCAGUCCGUACUUUUUCAAGUCCAUUUGCGGAUCGGUGUCCGAUCGACCAUGUCCUCGAUCAUCACACGAUCUUCCCACAUGCAUGGUGCAUGCACCCUUCAUUGACAUCCACUUACCAUCGACGAUGCACUGUUGAUGGCCUCAAAGCUCAACUCACAGCCAGUAACUACUACGAUGAUGACAUUCUACAUGCUGCCAGACGGCGCCGAGCUCGCAUUUGACGUCUUGGGUGCUUCCCACAUCGGGACAGCUACACCACUUAUCCUCGUAUGCGGAAUGAGUUGUCUCGGAAGCGAUUGGCAACGCCUUAGUAUGGAAUUGUCAAACAUUCGCCCUGGUGAGUGCAUGCAGCGUGCUGUAGAAUAAUGUACUUCAUCUAGGACGCGUAGUGUUGGUCUUCGAUCAUAGGGGCAUUGGACAGUCCAAAUAUUCAUCUGUGAACAAGGGUGGCGACAUCACGAUUGAGUCUAUGGCUCGAGACCUGCUUGAAUUGAUUCAUUGGUUAGGCUGGAAGGAGAUCAUUCUUUGCGGUUUCUCAAUGGGAGGUAC